ACAACAUGAAGGUGACAGGAUGUUUAAAACUGGUUUCAACCUUCUACAGCUUCCUCGCUUUGGGUGGGGGUGCGACUGCAGGAUUCGGUAUAUGGUCACAAAUAACCAAAAAGCCAUCUGAAGUGUUAACAACAGUCGAUGGUACUACAUUCACGAAGAUCCUGUCGAUGGGUGCCCCAUUGCUGAUUGCUCUGGGCUGCAUCUUCGCUCUGAUGGGCUUGAUUGGCUUUUGUGGCACUUUGAAGAAAAAAAGCUGGAUGCUCUUGGUCUUCUUCAUCGUUGUGCUUAUCAUCUUCAUCCUCCAGGUCAUCGCAGCAGUGUUUAUCCUCCUCCCAUAUUCUGUGAAGGAAAAUGCAUUGAGCAGCUUAAAGGAGAAAUUCGUUGAAAGUCUUGAGAAGAAAUAUGGCCAAGACCCAUCAUUCACUCGCAUAUGGAAUGAAACUAUGACCAAUCUAAAAUGCUGUGGAUACAAAGGCUAUGAGGACUUCACAAGUUCUGCUUUUGUGAAGGAGAACUCAAACUAUCCCAAACAAUGCUGCAGUAAUGAUCCACAUUUAUUAUGUGGAAAAGACAAAGCUAAGGGAGAGGAAAUCAGGGGCUGCAUUCAUGUGCUGUUUGAUGAAAAUAUACCCAUAUCUGGAGCUUUGUCAUUUCUGAUCGGCAUUAUAGAGAUUGUUGCCUUAAUUGUUUCCUUGAAAGUCUACCAAUGCUUGAGACGCUUGCCUGAUCUCACAGACCCUUAUGAAAAUAAUCUGUGAUAAACUAUUUGAUUUCUCUUUUUCUGUAUCUGUCAAAGUUCUUUGUGCUUU